AUGGGUGUUGUGGAUGGGGAGGACAAAGGAAAAGGCUGGUGGCUGCAAGAUAAGAACAAACGCUUUGACCGUCCUGGGGACGUGCUGAUCACCCUCAUGGGAGCUCUCUCUGGGGCUGCCCUUUCUGGGCCAACAGGCUGGUGGCUGCAAGAGAAGAGCAAACGCUUUGACCGUCCUGGGGACGUGCUGAUCGGGGGCAGCUUCUCCAUCUUUCACUUUGAUAACAUCACCCUGUUUGAUUUCACCACUCCACCGGCUAGGUUGGCAUCUAACUCACUUUCCAGGUGGAACUACCUGGUGGCCCAGAGUUUUGUAUUUGCCAUUGAGGAGAUCAACAGGGAUGCCCACCUGCUGCCCAACCUCACACUGGGCUUCUCCAUCCGGAAUUCUUGGGACUGUGUGCACGGAGCCCUCCAUGAGAUGAUGGGCUUUCUCACAGGGCAAGAGGAGCCGAUUCCGAACUACACGUGUCAGCUCAGCAUUCCCCGCGUUGCGCUGGUUGGAGACACUCGGUCAGUCUUGUCUGUUGCUAUGGCCAGGCUUCUGGGGCUCUAUAAAUUUCCCCAGGUCAGUUACUCAUCCACUCUGGCCAGCCUCAGUGACAAGACCCAAUUUCCAUCCUUCCUUCGGACCCUGUCCAGUGACGUUAUGUUCUCCCAUGCAAUUGCCCAGCUGGUGAUCCACUUCCGCUGGUCCUGGGUGAACAUUCUGGCACAGGACGAUGACUUUGGGCAGCAGGGCAGCUCUCUGGUGACCCAGGAGUUAACCCAGGCUGGCAUCUGCAUCGAGUUCCACCUCUACGUUCCCUUCAGACAGUCCUUGGAGAAGAUCAACUCCAUCGUCCAGAAGAUGGAGAGCUGCACUGCUACUGUUGUUCUGGUUUUCCUGAGCAACUUGAAUUUCCAGCUCGUCCUGCAGGGUUUGCUGGGCCGUGGUGUCUUUGGCAAGGUCUGGGCCAGUCAAAGCACUUUGCACACAGCGCUUGCUCUGACCAUGCCAGGCAUCUCCCAGGUCCUACAGAGCACAUUCAGCCUUCUGCAGCACAGCAUCCAGGUCCCCGGCUUUCCCGAGUUCCUUGCUCACCUGCACCCCACCUGGACCCCAGAAGACCCAUUUAUAGAAAGGUUCUGGGAGAGCACCUUUGGAUGCACAUGGCCACACAGGAACCUGGAAUCAGCAGGGAACAGCACAGUGUCAGGGAAGGUUCAGUUCUGCUCAGGGAAUGAGAGUCUGAGAGGCCAGGUGUAUCCCUUCCAGGAAAAACUUCUUCAUUCCCUCAGGAAUGUGCAAUUCAAGACCCCUGAUAGGAGAGAGAUCAAGUUUGAUGUCAAUGGAGAUUUAGUGACAGAGUUUGACAUUCUUUAUGGGCAGAAGACCACCGAGGGACUAUUUCACUUUUUCCACAUAGGAAAAAUUCACCCAAGGGCCUCUCUAAAGGACAGAAUGACAGUCCACUUGAUGAAGGAGGAGCUCCAGUAUCGCUUUAAGGUUUUUCAAGUCCCCAGCUCUGUCUGCAGCAGGAGCUGUGCUCCAGGAUUUAGCCAGAUCCCCCGACAGGGAUUCCCCCACUGUUGUUUCGAGUGCAGCUCCUGCCCUGAAGGACAGUUUGCAGACCAAAAAGACGUGAAGAGAUGUCUUCUGUGCCCUGAGGAGCAGUACUCGAGUCCUACCAGAGACUACUGCCUGCCUAGGACGGAGACCUUCCUGGCCUUUGAUGAGCCCCUGGGACUCACCCUAGCCUCUGUGGCGCUUACACUGGCCAUUGUGGCCCUGCUGGUUAUUGGGGUGUUCCUGAAGCACAGGGACACACCUGUGGUCAGAGCCAACAACAGAGCUCUCAGCUACAUCCUUCUUGCCUCACUGACCCUCUGUGCCCUUUGUCCUUUGCUCUUCCUCGGUCGUCCCACUGCUGCCACCUGCCUUCUCCGCCAAACUACCUUUGCUGUCGUGUUCACUAUGGCUAUCUCCUCCAUCCUGGCCAAGACCCUCACAGUCGUCCUGGCCUUCAGGGUCACCAGGCCAGGAGACAGGGUCCGGGUGUGUCUGCGACCUGGUGCCUCCACCUCGGUAGUCCUUGUUGCUUCCUUCAUGCAGAUUGUUCUCUGUGGGGUCUGGCUGGGCAUCUCCCCUCCAUUCCCAGACAGGGAUAUGUCCUCCAAGCCCCACCACAUUGUCAUCUAUUGCCAGGAAGGUUCCGGUGUUGCUUUCUACUGCAUGCUGAGCUAUCUGGGCCUCCUGGCUGUGGGCACUUUCUCCGUGGCCUUCCUGGCAAGGGGUUUGCCUGAUGCCUUCAAUGAGACCAAGUUCCUUACCUUCAGCAUGCUGCUAUUCUGCUGUGUCUGGACAGCCUUUCUGCCCCUGUACCACAGUGCACGGGGCAAGUCCACUGUGGCUGUGGAGAUCUUCUCUAUCCUGGCCUCUACUGCAGGGCUGCUCGGUGGUAUCUUUUUUCCCAAGUGCUACAUCAUCCUUCUGAAGCCAGAGCGAAAUGCCCCAGCCUGGUUAAGGCAACGACAUCAAACUCAUCUGGAAAGGCAGAGCAAGGAGCUCCGGAGCAGCCAUGUCCCCAGGGCCCCACAAACCUCAUGA